UAGCACACGGAGGAACCUCAGCAAUGGCUUCUGGUGCUCAAGCGGCGAAGAUGGUUGCACUGAGCAUGGUGCUGGCCAUCCUGCUCGCCACCACGGCCGACUCCAAUCCCCAGCCAGACGGCACCUGCUCCGUGGAGUGCGCCUGCGCCGAGCAGUGCAGCCGCCAGUACCCUCGCGUCGACGACGACCCCCCUUUCAAGAUCACUCCUGUCUGCACACACCGCACGGAGCACGAGCUCUACGCUCGCCUCUACUUGCACCAUAGUUUUCAAGGGAAAUAUAGGAACCAACACAAAGUAUUGAGCAGUACUGUGUUCCAAAAUGACUUUGGAUCCUUGGUUGUUAAUGAUUGGGUCAUCACGGACGAACCUGGCCGUGACACCAAGGUUGUGGCUCACGCCAAGGGAAUCCAUAUCCAGGCCGGAAUGGACACCGAAGACUACUAUGUUUCUUUCAACAUGGUGUUCGACGAUGGCAGGUUUAAAGGGUCCACGCUUCAAGUCAUGGGAACCGUUGUCGCAGAAGGUGAAUGGGCUAUUCUGGGUGGAACAGGAGAAUUUGCAUUAGCUCGUGGAGUCAUUUAUAAAACCUACUCGAAAUACAUUAAUCAAGUGGGUGAUGUGAUUGAACUUGACAUUCAUUGUCUUUACACUGCUAUGGAAAGGUCAAAGGGUACUUAUUGGGCAUUGGAGGCAUGAACAAACGAUUCGAGUCUUGAAAGACCAUCCAUGCAAUUCCUUCCUGAAGCAUGUGCGCGCUUAGUACGGGUCCAUAAGCUUAGUAUGUAUCCGUCGGUGUCUAUAAAUUAUUGCCAGCAAUAAAAGAUCUUGGUUUAUCAAAACAUGUUUAGUGUCAAGAUUGGAAAACAAAAUCCUUAGGUGAUUUAUCUUACAAUGAAGUUGUACCGAUGUGAGCUGAUGUGCUAGCAGAAUAUCAGAGUUGUAGUCUUGUAGAUGGACCGAGCUUGUUAUCUGUUGGACUCUCUUUGUUGCUGCGUUAGAGUAGCUCAUGAAGGUUACCCUAAAUUUUCGGUCCUUUACAAAUUGUCUUUCACCAGUCGUUCAUGGCAGCACCGAUUAUUUCUGUAUCACUUACAUGGAGAUAAAGAGGGGAUUUUUAGAUGGUUAUA